UGUAUAUUGAUUUCUAUUUUGUUAUUAGGUGAUUGCUCAAUUGAAUAAAUAUGGUUUCUGUCUUGAGCCGAAAAUGAAAUACAACAUCCUGAAUGAAAUUGGCAAUCAUUUUCUUGAUCAUGCUGCAGAAUUGGUGAAGUCUGGUUGCAAGUUUGUUUACGUUCUGGAUAACAUUGAUUGGGAAGAAAAAGCCCAUGAUAUGAGACAGGAUGUACAAAACCGAAGUGUGCAUGCAGUUGCUACGAGCAUCGUGUUUAACAGAGUUCCAGAAAAAGAUUUACCAGACUCUGGUCCACAGAAGAACCUCCGUACCUGUAAUGUCGAUGAGCUAGUGGCUGUCAGUGAUGAAGAAAUGAAAGAAAUCCGUGCCCGCUACCGUGCAAUCAUUGCAAAGCUUUUGUUUGAACAUUUUACAUCCUUUGAAAUGUUUAAACAGCACACCCCUCAAGCAACUGAGUGUACAUAUGCCAACGAAAUGUCAAUGCGGUCUGAUAUCGUCACCAUGCCUAUUUUAAUGAAGGAUGAAAAGAAGUAUGCUGAAUGUGUUGAUGUUUUGGAUCAACUAGAGCAAUGGACUUAUGAGAUAUAUUCAGCUGCUGGUCUAUGUUCUCCUGAUUCUAAAUCCUCCGAGAUCACAGCCCAUCCCCCUGUGAUCACAGCCCAUUCCAGACCAGAUCAACCUGGCUCACAUGCACCACCUGUUGCAACUGAGAGUGAUCCAUUGCAUGGUGUGAAAAUACCAUGCUAUGGAGAUCAACUCACUCGUGUCAGAUUUGCUGGUGCAAAAGAUCUACGUGCUGGGUGCCAUUCUCCAAAGCAAAGGCUGGAUCAUCUGUACCCAUUCUGUAUAGUUGACUGGCAUACAAAAAGAAGCUAUUUGAAGACUGUAUUUAAGCAUCUAUACAAGAAUUCUGGAAGAGAAAAGGGUACUCUACGGUUCUUCAGGGAAAAAUUGAACAGGAGGAAUGUUACUCUGGAUGUGAAACACUAUGAAGACUGUGAGCAGCUGUUUUUCAGUGUUGGUAAGUGCUUUGUUAUUGAAGCCCUUUUGGAAUUCUUCCAAAUGCUUGAUACAAAGCACAAACCAACUGCAAACAGUCCUCAUAGUGUUUAUGUCCUAACUGAAGAAUACCAGAAAACAUAUCUCAUCAACUCUCUGGACAAAUUUCUUGAUGAGUAUGUUUUUAAUGAAGAAGAAGAUGAAGACUGUGAAACAGUUGAUGGCAUUUGGUGUUACAGCAUUAACAUACUCAAGUCAUUCCUGCUACUUGCGGACAUAAAUGAUGCAGUUGCCUCAGGUAAUGGGGAGUACUUGUCUGUUCUGAGGAAACAGCUUUUAAAGCAUUUCUUCUCUACACCAGGAUUUAACGAGUUUGCAAUUGAAAUGUUUAUUAACAUUUUACAAUGCCAAGUUCUUUUGUCCGAAACUGAAGCUCACCUUUGUAAAUGGGCUGCCACUGUGAAUUGGAAAGGUGGUGCGAAAAAGAACAUUGAAAUUGACUUAUUUCAAGAAAACCGAAAUGCUGAGAUGAAGAAACUGAUCAAGUCUAUGGGAGCUAACAAAACAGAAAAGGCGAUUGGCAGAGCGAGCAAGGCAUCAGGAGGGGUGACAAAGAUUGUUGAAGCAUAUGAGGGUCAGGUGAAAAUGCACAAGAAAUCUUCGGCGCAUUCCCACAAGUUAUCAACUGAGGAUGAAAAGUUGAUUGCUAAGGACUUACGUGACUUGCGGCCUUUCAGGAAGGAAGAUGGAAGGAUGUUUAAAACAUUUCCUGAUAUUCCACACAACCCUACACACAAUUUUAACAAAGAAAAAUUUAAAGAAUGGACAAUGAGACAUAAAAACAAUAUAUUGGUGCAUUACCCUGAUGAUUCAGAAGAACCAGAUGAAUAAUUUAACUUCUUUAAAACAAUAACUGGGAAAUGGUGUUAAAUAUUGUUUUUUGUC